AUGAUGGGAAAGAUGAAAGGAAAGAGGGUACAAAAAUUAUUUUGGUGUAUAAUGAUUAUACAACUUUUUUCUAUAGUUACUAGCUCGAAGAUGCAUCAUGUAAGGCAUACUCCAGCAAAAGAUAUGAUAGGAUCUCCAGUAAAAUUGCACAUCUCAAAUCACUAUGUGGUGGUAGAUAAUGGCAUUGUUCAACUUACACUAACAAAUCCAACAGGACAUAUUUAUGGGAUAAGUUACAAAGGAAUUGAUAAUCUCCUGGAAAAAAGAUUUCUAGAAUCAAGAAGAGGAUAUUGGGAUAUCAUGUGGAAACUUUCAGAAGACAAACAAAGCACUUUUGAUACGCUUUUCAUGACGAAUUUCAAAGUUAUAACAAAUGAUGAUAAUAAAGUCGAAGUUUCUUUUACAAAAACUUGGAAUUCCAAUGCACACCAUGAUCUUCCUCUCAACAUCGAUAAAAGGUUUGUGAUGCUAAGAGGAAAUUCAGGAUUUUAUUCAUAUGGUAAAUUUGAGCAUACAAAUGAAAUGCCUCAACUUAGACUAGAUGAAGGCAGGAUUGCUAUCAAGCUCAAUCAAAACUUGUUCCAUUAUAUGGUUGUAUCAGAUGAUAGGCAAAAGGUGAUGCCAACAAAUCAAGAUAUUUCCCAUGGAAAAGUUCUUCGUUUUAGAGAAGCUGUUCAAAUAACAAAUCCAUCUUACUCUAAAUUCAAGAAUGAGGUUGAAGACAAGUACCAAUAUUCUUGUGACAUGAAGGAUGUCAAAGUACAUGGAUGGAUUUGUAAUAAUCCCCAUAUUGGUUUUUGGGUGAUUACACCAAGUAAUGAAUUUGGAAUUGGUGGACCAAUGAAACAAGAUCUUACUUCUCAUGCUGGUCCCACAUCCCUAGCUUCAUUUUUCAGUGGCCAUUAUACAGGUCCACAAUUAGGAGUGGAUCUCCAAGAAGGUGAACCAUGGAAAAAAGUAUUUGGUCCUAUUUUCUUUUACCUCAACUCAAAAUUUGACAAUAAUAACCAUAAGACACUUUGGGAGGAUGCUAAAAGACAGAUGUUUGAGGAAACUACAAAAUGGCCUUAUGAUUUUCCAGAAUCAAAAGACUAUCCCAAAGCCAAUGAAAGGGCCACAGUUAGCGGCCGAUUAUUGGUCCACGACAGUUACAUAAAAGAUUAUCCUUUUUAUGCAAAAUCUGCAUAUGUUGGAUUGGCUUUGCCCGGAAAAGUUGGAUCAUGGCAAACUGAGACCAAGGGUUAUCAAUUUUGGACUCAAUCAGAUAAUAAUGGAUAUUUCAAGAUUACCGGAGUUAUACCCGGAACUUAUAACUUGUACUCAUGGGUCCCUGGAGUUAUUGGAGAUUACAAAUACAACCCUAACUUUACCAUUACUCAAGGCAGUGAAUUUUAUCUAGGUGACUUAGUUUAUAAUCCUCCAAGAAAUGGUCCAACACUUUGGGAAAUUGGAAUUCCAGAUAGAACUGCUGCUGAAUUUUUUGUGCCUGAUCCAUUGCCUAGUCUAACCAACCAUGCCUUAAUCAACACUACACAAAAGUUUAGACAAUAUGGUUUAUGGGAUCGUUAUACAGAUUUAUAUCCUAAUGAAGAUUUAGUAUACAGAGUUGGUGAUAGUAAUUACACAAAAGAUUGGUUCUAUGCCCAUGUAACCAGGAGAACUGAAAACAAUAAAUAUAUACCAACAACAUGGCAAAUUUCAUUUGAUCUUUCAACUGUGGAUCCAAUUGGAACUUAUACACUCCAUAUAGCAUUGGCUUCUGCAACUAAUUCACAUUUGCUAGGAAGAAUAAACGAUCCUUAUAGACCAAGGCCACACUUUCAGACGCAAGCACUUGGAAAAAGUAAUGCAAUUGCAAGACAUGGAAUUCAUGGAUUAUAUUCUUUAUUCACUUUUCAAAUUCCAGGAUAUGAAUUACAAAUUGGAGAAAAUAUUAUAUAUUUAAAGCAAGCUAGAGGUGGUAGCCCUUUUAAUGGAGUUAUGUAUGAUUAUAUUCGAUUCGAAGGACCUCCAAGGUAAAUAUGGAGGGACUAUAUACACAUAUUGAGAAAGAUUUUGGAGUAGAAUAUAAUUUAUUCACUUAUUAAUAGUGUUGUAAUCGUAUCUUCAC